AUGCAUGUAAAACUGGUCCGACGAUCAAAGCGAAAACCAUCUCACUGGGCAUCGAAGGUAACGUCCAGUAAUGGUAAUCGGAAAAGUCAAAAACACUUGUUUUCAAAAUCUAACAAAGAAUCAUCAUAUACAGAAGAACAUCAAUCCAAUUAUGAAACUUUAGCGAAGAAUAAUUUAAAUUCUGAACGACAAACUGUUUCCACAGGUUCAAAGAUUUCAUCUGAAAAGAAAACAAAUCAGCACAAAGACUAA